CGCGAUUGCCUAUAAAACCACAUUGGAUCCCGCUAACUCAUUGCAGCCUCAUAACACACACUCGAGAAACGCAGAGAGAGAGUGAGAGAAGAGAUAUCGAGAGAGAGAUAAUGGGGCGUUGGGCUAUCGCUGUGCAUGGUGGCGCUGGUGUCGACCCUAAUCUCCCACUCGAGCGCCAGGAAGAAGCCAAGCAACUCCUCACGCGCUGUCUCAAUCUUGGCAUCUCUGCUCUGCGUUCUAACCUUCCUGCCAUCGAUGUCGUCGAAAAAGUGGUGAGGGAGUUGGAAACGGAUCCGCUGUUCAAUUCGGGGCGUGGAUCUGCCCUGACCGAGAAAGGAACGGUGGAGAUGGAGGCUAGCAUCAUGGAUGGCCCCAAACGACGAUGCGGCGCCGUUUCGGGUCUUACCACUGUUAAGAACCCCAUCUCGCUAGCGCGCUUAGUCAUGGACAAAUCCCCACAUUCCUACCUCGCCUUCUCUGGCGCCGAACAAUUCGCUAGGCAACAGGGUGUGGAGGUGGUGGACAACGAGUACUUUAUCACACCUGACAAUGUUGGCAUGCUGAAGCUGGCAAAGGAGGCAAACACAAUCCUGUUUGAUUACCGAAUCCCAACGAAUGGGUACGAGACGUGCGGAUCAGGUGUGGAGAGUCCACUGCAGAUGAAUGGGCUCCCGAUAAGCGUGUACGCGCCGGAGACGGUGGGGUGCGUGGUGGUGGACCGCGAGGGGCGGUGCGCGGCGGCGACGUCCACCGGGGGGCUGAUGAACAAAAUGACUGGGCGCAUCGGAGACUCGCCGCUGAUCGGCGCGGGGACGUACGCGUGCGACGUGUGCGGGGUUUCGUGCACCGGGGAGGGCGAGGCUAUCAUACGCGGCACCCUGGCGCGUGAGGUGGCUGCGGUGAUGGAGUACAAAGGAUUGGGCCUCCAACGGGCCGUGGACUUUGUGAUCAAGAACCGUCUGGACGAAGGGAAGGCUGGGCUCAUAGCCGUUUCCAAAAGUGGCGAAGUGGCUUACGGGUUCAACUGUAAUGGCAUGUUCAGAGGCUGCGCCACCGAGGAUGGGUUCAUGGAGGUUGGAAUCUGGGAGUAAUGGCUUCAUCUUGUUUCAUUUGUUUGUUUCUGUUUCUACUUGGAUCCAAGGCCUUGCUUCUCAAUGCUCAAUGCUCAAUGCUCAAUGCUGAAGGCUGAUUUAGUUAAUUAGGAAUGUGAAAUAACAUAGUGGUAACUUCCUUUGUCUUUUUCUCAAAUAAAAGACUCGUGAUGGAUUGGACCCUCCUCACUCCCGUGUAGCUUUUCCCUUCUUAAACUAUCACUUAAUUAUUUCCCUUCUUUUU